AACAAGAUGAGAAGCAUCGGUCUACUGCUGUGCACCCUAUUGCUCUUCCAUAACUUCUCCAUAAUCUAUGGUAUGCCAUGGGAAAGUAGCCAGUUUCUGGGAAGAUGCACAUGUCUGAAGGAAACCAGCAAAUUUAUCCAUCCUAAAAUGUUUAAAGUUUUGAAAAUUAUAGAGGAGAGACACUAUUGCCAAAAAAAGGAAAUUGUGAUCAUUCUAAAAGGAAAUCAGAUUGUUUGCCUAGACGCAAAGGCUGCUUGGGUACAACUUGUGAUACUAGGAAAAAGAAAUGACAAAGGAAAACCAAGAAAAAUCAAAGUCUUCAAGCAAAUCUAGCCCGCUACAAUCACUGCCUGCUCAUCUUGUGUCAUAUAAAAUGAAAGGAUGACUUAAUAGUAAAUUCAAAUCAGAAGAUAUUUCUA